AUGCCCCCAAUCCAGCAAAAAGCCCUUAUCAAUUGUGAUUUGGGAGAAGCUUAUGGGAAUUGGGCAUGUGGCCCAGAUCUCGAGCUGCUCCCCAUGAUCGACAUCGCCAAUGUCGCAUGUGGUUUCCAUGGCGGUGACCCUUUGAUCAUGUUGGAGACGGUUCAAAAUUGCAAAGCUCACAAUAUCAAAGUUGGAGCUCACCCCGGUCUGCCGGAUCUCCAAGGUUUCGGACGACGGGAGAUGAAGCUCUCGCCCGAGGAAUUAACAGCAAUCACCGUCUACCAAGUGGGUGCGCUAAAAGGCUUCUUGGACCGCGAAAACGUCCCUCUCAACCACGUUAAACCCCACGGGGUGUUAUACGGAAUGAUGUGUCGGGAUUAUGAUGUGGCAAAGGCCGUUAUGCUGGGAAUUCCCCCCGGAGUGCCGGUUUUUGGGCUUCCUGGUACUCAGAUGGAGAAAGCUGCCAAUGAUCUUGGAGUAGAGUUUUGGGCCGAAUUCUAUGGUGACGUCAAGUACGAUUCGCGGGGCAUGCUUGUGAUCGACCGCAAGAAGAAGCCAUGGGAUCCUAAGGACGUCGAGAAACAUGUACGACAGCAAAUCGAGGACCAGUCAGUGACUGCUGUGGAUGGCACCGUCGUACCACUGCCAGUGAAGAACUAUCCAGUGUCCAUCUGCUGCCACUCCGACUCUCCCGGGUGCUUGGACAUAAUCAAAACAACACGAAAGGUGGUGGACGAAUUCAAUCAGAAGAAUGGGAAAUAA